AUGGAAUCAUCCCAGUCUAUAUCAGGGAUGGAGUUUGCGCCGGAUGAUCAGGGGGCAUACCUUGACGAUCUCAUUGCUGAACUUAGAACGGCCUCCGACAAUGGCACAGCCGUGGUAACUGCCGUAGAAAAUAUACCUAUACCAACAACUGAAAUCAUUACCUUUUCUGAGGCCCCCAAUUACGACAUCCCACCAACACCGAUCCCAGUUUAUGAUCCGCCCACACUGGAUGUCGACAGCAGCUACAUUGACAUGUUUACCCGCGAAGAACAGACACCAGGGCAUAGUCGAGCGUCCUCUCCAAUUCAGGAUCGCGAAGACCAAGGUGGCGAAUAUCAAGAUGACAAAGACCAAGAUAAAAAUGGGGAAGAGGCUCCCAAAAGGUGGCUUGCAAUCGCAGUGGUAAAGAAAAUGGACAUCACCUUUUCCAACAACAUUAGAUUGCUCGAUCUUGUAUCCUUGAACGGAAUCAAAAUCGAGAAUGAGGCAGCCUUUAGAAAGGCACAAUACUUUGAAUUACAGAGCGCCCGAAGAUGGAAUGUCCCCUUUCGUAACAAGCCACUCAGUCGAAGCGCAAAGUCGUACCAGUUGCCGGACGAGAUCACACUGAUAGAUCCCAUGGACAAUUCAAAGGACGAAGUCGACGUCGUAGUUUUUCAAUCAGCGGCAAGGCUGAAUAAGCUCAAAGGACUGUUCAAAAAACAACGUCCUCCAACCAAGAAGGCGGCACCAACGCAGCGGUCAAAGAAGACCAGGUCCGGUUCCAAGCCGACAGGAAACAUCCUAUACUUUCUCAAAUUCCCUGGCCAUGUCAUCAAGGAAAUCCUCUGGCACAUUCUGGUUGUCCAAACUCCAAUCCAAGUGCGCGAAGAUUAG